CCGCAAACAACUGCGCACGUUGGGGAAGAGUGCAGCAGUGAACGACGACGAUAAUGGAGACGAAGGCAAUGGCGCACGGUUAUGGCGCAGGGAGGAGGCGAAGGGCCACAGGACACGAUGAGCGCAUCAACAUCUACAUCACAUGUGGCCAGCCACUCAUCUGGUCCCCAGAAGAGCAAGAAGUGCUGCGAAAACAGUACAACAUCGUCUGCUAUCCAAUCGGAACAUUGCCCAACAACGUCACACAGAACAUCUUUAAAGGCGUUCCUUACAUGAUUGACAAAGAGGCAGUGCGCCUACUUCUUGAUUUCGACAAGGCGCAGCUGUGGAGCGGCGACGAUCUGGCUCCGUUGCUGCCUAUGGACGUUGCCUCACUGCAGCGGCAUCGCCUCGACAGCAUCAUGCUCCAGCUGGACCAUUUCCUGUAUGGGACGCGCGGCUCAAGGCUGCACUUAUCCGAGGACAAUGCACCGAAGAAAGCCAAGCGGGGAGCUCAGGAUGGCGGCAGGACGAUGCACCACGACGGUGGCACUGGCGAUGGCGGUGAUGACAAUGAAUGUGAUGACGAUGAUGAUGCUGACGACGAUGGUGACGAUGUGCAGGAUGGUGGUGAUGCGAAUGUGGGAACAGGCGCAGAUGUUGACGACGAUGGUGACGACCGUAAUGAAGCGGGGAAUGCGAGCGGACCAAGCGAAGGCGGAGCAGAGCCCAAAUCGCGAGCGCGGCGGGUGGUAUCAUGGGUCCUAAAUCGUCUGGACGUGCAACGCUGGCUUCCGUUUCCGUGGACGGAGCGCGGGCGGGCGCUGGUGCAGAAGGACAUGGAUGCAUUCAAGGCCCUCGACCCAGACCGCGAGCAGCCGCCAACACACAGCGAUGACAACGACGACAAGGGCGGCGGUAAUGAUGAUGGCGAUGGUGAAGAGAAGGAGGGCGUGCGCGGUAGUGAUAGCGCAGCACACAGUGCGAAUGACACAUCAGCACCAGGGCAGGUCGGGUCUUCGGCGUCACGGGAGGUGGUGUGGUGUAAUGCACGGCGUGACAUGGGUGCCCGUCUGGCAUCGUGUCGUGUUGUUGUGCCGCACGUUGCCGCUGCCCUGCGUCACCGCCGCCGCCCUUUCCUCAAGCGCGCGUUCAAGUUCCCGGAGACGGCAGAAGAGAAGCGCCACUACGCCGUGUAUCGUGAUCUCGUCAUGCGCGGGUACUUUCUCGGGCCCGGCAUGAAGUUUGGUGGACACUACCUCGUCUACCCGGGCGACCCAUACCGCUACCACUCACACUUUGUAGCCAUUGUUGUUGAUCACGCCGGCCCAAUCCACCCACUUGACAUUGUCGCAGCUGGCCGCCUCGGUACUGUUGUGAAGAAGGCGCCACUGCUGUGUUCUGUGGAUGACGAUGGAAACGUGCACUACCUCUCUUUGCAGUGGACCGGGAUGAACUGAUGCUUGCAGGCAUCAAGAACGCAGUAUAGCCGCUUCAACACGCCACCCAUGUGUGUUGUCCGACCCCUACGGUACAGAAUAAAUAAAUAAUGUGCACUCACGUCAGCCCGAGCACGCAUCGUGUUUGUCUCUCUACCUUUCUCCUC